AUCGGGGCCAUGCUGGCGCCUGUCGCCACGGAACGCGCUGCCCGAAUGGGGCAGAAAUCAAGCUGUGUUGCUUACCGGCACGGAAAGCACCUGGCCCGGAUUGGCGCGCGGGAUGUGUGCGCAAUUCAAUGCUCCCAAUACCGACAGCAGAUCGUUCAAUUCAGAACGCCAGCGCCGCCUGGGGGACGCAGAAUCUAUAAAAAGGCCCCGCUUGCAUGGAGGCUACCCAUAAUUACUAGCACUAUGCGUCUCCCGAUGUGGGCUGUGUGGUUCUUGGCCUCGGCCUCGCUGCCGUCUGCUGUGUUUGGCGCGGGGUGUGCGGGUGUCAGCGGGGGUGCCGCCGCGAGCGAUCCCUUUUGGAUGAACACCGCGAGCCUCACAGCGCAGAGCAAGAGCGCGUACAAGGCAGGCUACAAGGUUUUCCGCAACGUCAAGACAGACUACCACGCCGUCGGCGACGGCAUCGCAGAUGACACUGUCGCCAUUAACAACGCAAUCAGCGACGGCGGCCGCUGCGGCCAAGGAUGCGCGUCCUCGACGCUCACCCCCGCGAUUAUAUUCUUCCCUCCCGGAAAGUACCGCGUCACUGCGCCGAUCAUUCCGUUUUACUACACCACACUCGUCGGCGACUACAACAACAAGCCGACACUCGUCGCCGACGCCAACUUCGUGGGCAUCGCCGUCAUCGACGGCGACCCUUAUAUCCCCGGGGCCUCCAAUCCGGACGGCAGCGGCGUCAACUGGUGGACGAACCAGAACAACUUCUUCCGCUCCAUCCGCAACUUCGUCAUCGACGUCCGCGCAAUGCCGCCCAGCGCCUUCGGCACGGGCAUCCACUGGCAGGUCGGCCAGGCGACGUCGCUGAACAACAUCGACUUCAAGAUGUCCGCCGCCUCGGGGACCAAGCACCAAGGAAUAUUCAUGGAGAACGGGUCCGGCGGAUUUAUGUCUGAUCUAACCUUCGACGGCGGCGCCUUCGGGAUGUGGAUCUCGAACCAGCAGUUCACCAUCCGCAAUGUCAAGAUCACCAAUGCCGUCUCUGCUGUGUACCAGCUCUGGAACUGGGGAUUUACCUGGCAGAACAUCCAGAUCUCCAACUGCCAAGUCGGGUUCGACCUCAGCACGGGUGGCCUGACGCUCGAGACGCAGAGCGCAGGCGGGGUGCUCAUCGUCGACUCGAAGAUAUCCUCGACCGGUAUCGGCAUCCGUAUGUCGAGCAGCCAGCCGGCGAAGCUCGGCGGCUCGGUCAUCCUCGACAACGUCGCGUUUACCGGGAUCACGACGGCGAACAUCCAGGACUCCAGCGGCACCGUCGUGGCCGCCAACGCCGGCGUCGGGCUCGAGUGGUUCCAGGGAAACGUUUACCUGGGGAAUACUAAGCGCUACUUGCGCGGAUCGUACACCCCGGCGGGCUCGCGUCCGCAGAUGCUUACGGUCGGGUCUGGGACGUAUUUCUCGCGCUCCCGCCCCCAAUAUCAGUCGUAUUCCCCAAGCCAAUUCCGCACGCUGAUGACGAGUGGUGUCGGCGCAAAGGGCGACGGUGUCACGGACGACACUGCCGCAAUCAACAGCUUCAUCGCCCAAAACUCGGGUUGUGCGAUUCUCAUUAUCGAGACGGGAACGUACCUCGUAUCGGACACGAUCUUCGUCCCAUCGGGCACGCAGCUCGUCGGCGUGCUGUACUCGGUCAUCAUAGGCACAGGAAGGAACUUUGCCGACCAGUGA